AAUAGCUAGCCUAUCGGCGUGCUCCUCCUCUCCUUCACUUUCUUCGAGUCCCCAGCGAUUUGCUCUCCCCUCCUUAACUACCUUUUUUCCAUUUGAUCGUGGACUGUGGGAACCAGCUGGAUACGGGAGCUGUGGUCUCCACUAACAGCUCACCUCCGCCUCCUCUUCCUCCUGCUCUCAUCUCAUCCAUUGCAGCCCAUGACAGCAGAUCAGCCAACAUGGCAUUCUCAUCUCGCUUCUCCUUCUGGGAGCAAAAGAUCAAAGAAGAUAACAAACCAAGAAGCCAAAGUUCAGACAGUGAAGGACUGCCCAGCCGGUCCAAGUCAGUGCCAGCUCUAGACCCUGGCAGGGGAUUGUUCCGGGCAACAAGCCCCCCAUCCGUUUCCCCAACGGAGUCGGUCGCCCGGGUCCGAAGUCCCUCUCCACCAAAAGUCAGGACCCCUGUUAAAGUGCCUGAGCACUUAAAAAGCCCUAAACCACCAUCAAAGGUGCCUGAGCAAUUUAGGAGCCCUGAACCACCACCGGCCCCUUUAAGCCCAGAGCCAGCUCUGAACACUAAGCGAGAGCAAAAUGGCACGAUGAGCAAAAGUCUGGUCAAUGGUGAUACCAGCACCAACCAGACAAACUCAGAAGACAAGGGUCAGACAGGGAAAAAAAUAGUGAAGGUGGUCCGCCGAGUCGUCAGGAAGGUCCUGCCCACAGAAGAGGACGAGCCCACUGGGCCAAACCCACCGUCAUACAAAGCUCCCCAAGCGACCAGGCCCGCUGUGUUGAAGGCCCCCCCGAUGGCAGUGUUCUCCUUUAAACAUGACGUCAUCAAAACGGAGGACAAAGAUGACAUUUCACAGGGGUUGACAAACCUCAUGGUAAGAGGCAGGACCAGGGAGCCUCGGCCCAGACUUUUGAGGGAUGACUGGCCAGAGAAGGUAGAGAUCGCGAAGAAGAACGGGCAGACAGCGGAAAAAGUUGCUGAGCCAGAGGAAAAGAAAGAAGAUAAAACCAACCUGCAGCCACAUGAGGUCAGUCACAAACCUACAAGCUCCGGUGGAGGUGUUCAGGAAGCCAAACCUCCUAUGGUGGCUGUGCACCCGGGUGGCUCAGCUGCUGAGCACUCCGCUCCAAGGUCAUCUAAACCGGCUCAUUCCAGACCCACGUCUCUCCCACCAGUCGUUGGCUUUAUCCCAGCUCCUAAGCCCUCACUUUUGACUCCACCUCCGGGCUUUACACCUGCACCCAAACCAAGUGAUGUGAAAAAAAACACCACUAAAAGUCCUCUUUUUGCCACCCCAGUGGCCCCAAAAAAUACCUCUCUCGCUCCUCCAUUACAUCACCUCCCUGCUCCUACACCCUCUCCACUCCCAGCUCCUGUGAGCCCUGCUUUUCCCCGUCCCCCUCCGAGCGCACUGACUCCCCCUCGAGGAGACCUUCCCACUGAACAAACAUCCGUCAGUCAGCAAGAGGAGGAACCGCUCAGUCCCACCGAGGAGGCUCAAAGGCACCUGAUGAGGAUCUUCAGUGCCCCUCUGGAAUUGUCUUCUGUUCAGUCUUCUGUCCAAGCCCCCUCCGCCCUGCAGUCCCAGGGCCUCCCCCAGGGAUCAGUGGAAGAGCACCCUGUGGCCCUCCUACAGGCAUCUCAUUCUGCAGCUCUGCAGUCCCAGGUGAAGACAGAAGAGCAGAUCGCAGCGGAGCAAGUGUGGUAUGGAUCAGAGAAAGUCUGGCUUGUCCACAAAAAUGGCUUCUCCCUGGCCACCAUAGUGAAGACAGAGGCUGACACCCUGCCAGAGGGCAAGGUGAAGAUCAAGCUGGAGCAUGAUGGAACAUUAUUGGAAGUGGACGAAGACGACGUAGAGAAGGCCAAUCCUCCAUCGUCUAACCGCUCAGAGGACCUGGCUUCACUGCUUUAUCUCAACGAAUCCAGUGUGAUGCACUGCCUGCGGCAGCGCUACGGAGGAAACCUCAUCCACACCUACGCUGGAACCAACAUGGUGGUCAUCAACCCCCUAAGCACUCCCUCCAUGUACUCUGAGAAGGUGAUGCACAUGUUCAAAGGCUGUCGGCGAGACGACUCUGCUCCUCACAUCUACUCUGUGGCCCAGUCGGCCUACCGCAACCUGCUCACCACCCGGCAGGAUCAGUCCAUUGUGCUGCUCGGCAAGUCCGGCAGCGGCAAGACCACCAACUGCCAGCACCUGGUCCAGUACUUGGUCUCUAUCGCCGGUAGCACAGGCAAGAUCUUCUCUGCUGAGAAGUGGCAGGCGGUCUACACUACCCUGGAGGCCUUUGGCAACAGCUCCACCUCCAUGAACACCAACGCCAGCCGUUUCUCCCAUGUAGUGUCCCUGGACUUUGACCAGGCCGGCCAGGUGGCCUCCGCCUCCAUCCAGACGAUGCUGCUGGAAAAACUGAGAGUGAGUCGCCGGCCGGAGGCGGAGUCCACCUUCAACGUGUUUUACUACAUGAUGGCCGGAGCCGACAGCAGCCUGAGGACGGAGCUGCACUUCAACCACUUUGCUGAAAACAGUGCUUUUGGGAUCCUCCCACAGUCUAAGCCUGAAGACAAGCAGCGAGCCUUGCAGCAGUUCACAAAGCUGCAGGCAGCCAUGAAGGUGCUGGGCAUCUCUGGGGAGGAGCAAAAGGCCCUGUGGCUCAUCCUGGGGGCCGUUUACCACUUGGGGGCCGCAGGAGCCACUAAAGCGGGCCGUAGGCAGUUUGCCCGCCACGAAUGGGCCCAGAAGGCGGCCUACCUGCUGGGCUGCACCCUGGAAGAGCUGUCCUCUUCUAUUUUUAAGCACAAGGCCAAUGGACUGCAGUCCUCCACAUCCUUCAGAGGGGGUCCCGACGUGGCCGGCCCAGGGGACGGCUCAGGUUCUAAGGUUACAGCUCUGGAGUGUUUAGAAGCCAUGGCGUCAGGACUCUACUCUGAGAUUUUCACUCUCGUCAUCUCCCUAAUAAACAGAGCUCUGAAGUCCAGUCAACACUCCCUGUGCUCACUGCUGAUUGUGGACACUCCGGGUUUCCAGAACCCUCGGCUGGUCCAGCAGCAGAGGGGAGCCACGUUCGAGGAGCUCUGCCACAACUACACCCAGGAGAGGCUGCAGACCCUGUUCCAUGAACGCACCUUCGUCCAGGAGCUGGACAGAUACAAGGAGGAAAACAUAGAGCUUGCUUUAGAUGACAUAGAGUCCAGUACCUCUCUGUCUGUAGCAGCUAUUGACCAAGCCUCCACCCAAGCUCUGGUUCGGACUCUGGCCAGGACGGAGGAGGCUCGAGGCCUCCUGUGGCUGAUGGAGGAAGAGGCUGUGCAGCCCGGAGGAUCAGAGGAAACCAUGCUGGAUAGACUCUUCAGCUACUACGGUUCUGCACAGGGAGAAACCAAAGGAGCCGGUCUGCUCCUGCGAGGAGAGAAGCCCCACCUCUUCCUGCUGGGCCACAGCCAUGGGACGGACUGGGUGGAGUACAACGCUCAAGGCUGGCUGACCCACGCCAAGCACAACCCCACCGCCCAGAACGCUGCCACUCUGCUGCAGGACUCCCAGAAGAAGAACAUCAGCGGACUGUUCAUGGGCCGGUCCAGUGGGGCCACGGUGCUGUCGGGCUCCAUCGCUGGUCUGGAGGGCAGCUCCCAGCUUGCCUUGCGGCGAGCCACCAGUAUGAGGAAGACCUUCACCACGGGUGUGGCUGCCGUCAAGAAGAAGAGCCUGUGUAUCCAGGUCAAACUCCAAGUGGAUGCUCUGAUUGAUAUGGUGCGCCGUUCCAGGGUUCACUUCAUCCACUGCCUGCUGCCCAAAGCAGAGGCAGUGGGUGGUGGAGGUGAGCCCCGCGUGACGCAUGGAGAGAGCCCGGAUUCCGGCCUCAUGACUUUGGACGUGAGCCUCCUGAGGGCUCAGCUCCGAGGAUCCAAGCUGUUGGACGCACUGCGCAUCUACAGGCAAGGAUACCCAGACCACAUGGUGUUUUCUGAGUUCCGCAGGCGCUUUGAUGUCCUGGCACCACAUCUGACCAAAAAGCAUGGCCGCCACUACAUUGUCAAAGAUGAGAGGAGGGCAGUGGAGGAGCUGCUGGAGUCCAUGGAGCUGGAGAAGAGCAGCUACCAGAUGGGGCUGAGCAGGGUGUUCUUCAGAGCGGGUACUCUGUCACGCCUGGAGGAGCAACGAGACGUUCAGACCAGGAGGAACAUCUCUCUGUUCCAGGCUGCCUGCCGGGGAUACCUGUCCAGACUGGCCUUCAAGAAGAGAAAGAUCCAGGAUCUGGCCAUCCGCUGCAUCCAGAAGAACAUAAAGAAGAAUCGGGGCGUCAAAGGGUGGCCAUGGUGGAAGCUCUUCACUAAUGUCAGACCUCUGAUAGAGGUGCAGCUCACUGAGGAACAGAUACGAGGCAAAGACGAAGAGAUCCAGCUGCUGAAGCAGAAACUGGAGAAGGUGGAGAAAGAGAGGAACGAGAUUAGACUCAACAGUGACCGCCUUGAGAGCCGGAUCUCAGAGCUUUCAUCAGAGCUGGCUGAUGAGCGCAACACCGGGGAGUCAGCCUCCCAGCUGCUAGAGACGGAAACUUCAGAGAGACUCCGCCUGGAGAAGGACAUGAAGGACCUGCAGGCCAAGUUUGACAGCAUGAAUAAACAGAUGGAGUCCAUGGAGAUGGAGGUGAUGGAGGCUCGACUUAUCCGAGCGUCUGAACUCAAUGGAGAGAUGGAAGAUGACAAUACAGGAGGAGAGUGGAGGCUGAAGUAUGAACGAGCCAUCAGAGAGAUUGAAUUCACCAAGAAGAGACUGCAGCAGGAGUCGGAUGACAAGCUGGAGGUGGAACAACAGAACAAACGACAGCUGGAGAGAAGGAUCAGCGACCUGCAGGCCGAUAAUGAGGAGCACCAGAGAAACAUCCAACAGCUGAAGAAGAAAGCCCAGCGGGCAACAGCUGAACUGCAGGACACAAAACUUCACCUGGAGGGCCAGCAGAGCCGCAACCACGACCUGGAGAAGAAGCAGAGGAAGUUUGACGGUGAGCUCAGUGGAGCCCAGGAAGAGGUGCAGAGGGAGAGGAGUCUGAGGGAGAAACUGGCCCGAGAGAAAGACGUGUUGGCCGGAGAUGUCUUCAGCCUACGUCAGCAACUGGAGGACAAGGACCUAGAGCUGUGUGCAGUCAACCUGAAGCUGGACCAGCUGGAGGCCGACCUGCAGGACUUCAACUCCCAAGAAUCCAAGGAUGAAGCAUCGCAGGCCAAGGUGAGAAAGCAACUUCGGGACAUUGAGGCCAAGCUGAAGGACCAGGAGGAGGAACUGGACGAGCAGGCCGGCACAAUCCAGAUGUUGGAGCAGGCCAAGCUACGUCUGGAGAUGGAAAUGGAGCGUCUGCGUCACACCCAUUCCAAGGAUAUCGAGAGCAAAGACGAUGAGGUGGAGGAGAUCAGACAGUCGUGCAGCAAGAAGAUAAAGCAAAUGGAAGUUCAGCUCGAGGAAGAGUAUGAUGAGAAGCAGAAGGUGCUGAAAGAAAAGAGAGACCUGGAGUCCAAGCUUCUAUCAGAACAAGACAAGGUAAGAAGUGGUGACAUGGAGACUGAAAAGCGUUUGAGGAAGGACCUGAAGAGAACCAAGGCCCUGCUGGCUGAUGCCCAGAUCAUGUUGGACCACAUAAAGAACAACGCUCCCAGCAAGAGGGAGAUUGCUCAGCUCAAAAACCAGCUGGAGGAGUCUGAGUUCACCUGCGCUGCUGCAGUUAAAGCUCGUAAGUCCAUGGAGGUGGAGAUUGAGGAUCUACACGUUCAAAUGGAGGACAUCUCCAAAACGAAACAGGCGCUGGAGGAGCAGCUAAGUCGUCUGCAGAGAGAGAAAAAUGACCUCCAGUCCAGGAUGGAGGAGGACCAGGAGGACCUGAAUGAGCUGAUGAAGAAGCAUAAGGCUGCUGUGUCUCAGUCGGCACAGAACCUGGCUCAGAUCAGUGACUUACAAGCCCAACUGGAGGAGACCCUUAAGGAGAAGCAGGAUGUUCAGGAAAAGAUGCAAGCCCUGCAGAGCCAGCUGGAGUUCCAGGAGCAGUCCAUGGUGGAGAAAUCUCUGGUCAGCCGUCAGGAGGCAAAGAUCCGUGAGCUGGAGACCAAAUUGGAGUUUGAGAAGACUCAGGUCAAGCGCCUGGAGAGCCUCGUUAGUCGUCUUAAGGAGAACUUGGAGAAGCUGACAGAGGAACGAGACCAACGCAGCAGCAGCGAGAAUCGAGAGAAGGAACAGAACAAACGUCUGCAGAGACAGAUCCGCGACGUCAAAGAAGAGACUGGGGAACUGGCCAAAAAGGAAGCCGAGGCCAGCCGUAAAAAACACGAGCUGGAAAUGGAUAUUGAGAGCUUGGAGGCUGCUAAUCAGAGCCUGCAGGCAGACCUUAAGCUGGCCUUCAAAAGGAUUGGUGACUUGCAGGCGGCCAUCGAGGACGAGAUUGAGAGUGACGACAAUGAAGACCUGAUCAACAGUUUGCAAGACAUGGUGACAAAGUAUCAGAAAAGACAGAACAGAGCUCAGGGGGAUUCAGACACAGACUCAGAGGUGGAGGAUCGUGUGGAUGGAGUAAAGUUCUGGUUGUCUAAAAGCAAAGGUUCCACCAAGAAUUUGUCGGACGACGGCAGCCUCAAGAGCUCCAGAUUUGCUGUAAAUGUAGACGCAAAGGAAGGGAAAGAGUGGAAAGAGGGUAAGGAAUGGAAAGAGGUAGAGCCGAGCAGACCAAUGUCAACGAUGAGCUCUCUCAGCUACAGAAAACGCUCCAACCUGGAUUCCAUGGGAGGCAAAGGAAAUGCCAUCUUUAGUAUCCUCAAGGAGAAUGCAGAGGGAGAAGAGGCUCUAUCCCUCCAUAAAGCUAAACCCAAAAACCCAGAUAUUCAGCAUGAUACCUACUCAGUCAGCUCCAGGAGGACGUCCGAGGCAGGUAAUGACAUGAAUGACAGAGAAUCGGCCAUCUCGCAGGCCUUCUCAGAAGCCAGCAGCCGACACAUUGGUAUGGACAAAGAAGCCGUCAUUUCAUACGCUCCACCUAGUCAGGCCUCCACACGUCUUAGGUUAAGCCCGGAGAAGGAUGCCAAGUCGACCAUCAGCUUAGGUCUGUCAAGCCCACUGGGAUGCCACAGAAGCACCUCACGCUUAGAUGAGGGCAGAGGCGGGCGGUCACUAUAUGGCAGCAGUCCCAGUAGCCCUUGCCUUAGUAGACGGUCUGGGGGGCGCAGUCCAGGAAGUGUUAGCCGAGCUGAUUCCCAUAUGUCGGUGGCACGCAGUUGCCGCCUCAGCGAGUUUGAUGUUGAUAUGGAUGAUAGUCGUAGUGUGGCCUUCACCGAAAAGUCGGCAUACAGUCCUCACUCCACUGGUCGCAGCAUCUCCAUGCCACCAUCACAGGCCAGAUCAUCAACUGCUGAUAAUAACACCCAUGAUAUCAAACCAGUCAGUCAUCGCAACUACCUCGACCCUGACCUGGAGAAAGCCAUUAAUGAGGUGCUUAGUUUCAAACCCAUCAAAUUUAAGCGAAGGGGCUUUGAAGACUCUGAUGAAGGAGAAACAUCUAAAAAUGACAAAGACAUUAAAAGUAUCCGUAAUGGAGAUGCUAGUUAUCCUGUCAGCAGUCUCAGACGCAGUGCAUCUGCAGUGGAUUGCAUGAGACCGUCCCUCAGCUGCAACAAGAGGAGCAAGAGCAAGAAGAAGAGAAGUCAUAGCUCAGAGUCUGACUGCUCAGAGAACAACCAUCGUCACAGCAGCAGCUCCAAGCGGAGGUUCAAGAAGUCCAAGAAGAGGGACCAAUCGUCGUCUUCCUCGUCCUCAUCUUCUUCUUCAUCAGACUGCGAGUCGGACUGUAAGUCAAGCUCCGGAGCUUCAACCAUUUCCUACCGGAGCUCCAGUAGUGUGAAGAGGGCUCAGGAGCGAAAGGUGUUCAGCCCCGAAAGCGAAAGAAAAGCUAGUACACCAAGUGAGAGCCAGCCUGUUAACAAAAAGGAUGACAAGAAGAGGAAGAAAAGGGUGGACAACCUGAUGAUGAAGUACCUUUACCGGCCGGACAGUGACUGAGGCAGGCACCCCCCCGGCCGGAGACACUACCGCUUUGAUAGAUCUGAUGAAGAUGAGGAAGAAGAAGAAGGUGGUGCGACCCAGGGCCCUCAGUACUCUUGAAACAGAUGUGAAAGCCAAAUGAAAGUGGACGACAGCAGGGACAGGUCUUAUGAGACCACAUCGUAGUCCUUGCUGGCAGCAUCCGCUCACCUCGUUACACCGUGACAGCUUAUCUUGCAUGCAAAGUUGACCACAAUUGUGGAGAGUUGGACAUAACCGCACAGUUAAUGACUUAUAACCCUGCAGGGAAACAUGCUUAUAGCACUUCAUCAGAGCUUCCCAAUGCAGAUCUACACAGAAUUUGGCAAACUUCAUCAGCAUUCUGUCACUCACCAGUCACGUCACAAACAAAAACUCAUAGAAGCUCUAUUAUUAACAACCGCAGCGGGUUGCAUGCAUGCAACAGUUGCUUGGCUUGAAGCAACUGUAUGGCUGUAAUUGAGCCAAAGAACUUACGGUUGCAGUGAUAAUAGAUUAUUUCUGUCUCUAUUUGUCUCUGUCUGUUCCUCUCUUCUUUAAAUGUAGUACACCACAAUAAGAUGUUUUGCCAUGGUACAAUGUAGUGCCAAAAAGCCUUUGUCGAAGUGCAUGAGUGUGCACACUGCUUUACAUAUUGCCAAUUAAUGCUGAGUCCUGACAAGUCCCAUACCUUUUUUCUUCUCUUUUUUUCCUGCCACUUUUAAGUGUUCUCAUCUACAGCUGCGGCAUUUCAUGAGCUGCAGGCGAGGCUCAUUGUCGGUUUACCUUUUCUUUCUCUGAAAAGAUGUUCAGCCUGGUUAAUGCUCUUUUCCUUAUACUGGAUAGUGAUGUCAUCCCUAACUAUUCCUCCAAAACAAUAAAGCUUAGUUCUCUAUUUGAAUAUUUUGCAUUUAGAUUACCUCUGCAGAAGCCUUUGUUCAUUUUUUGAAUAUGACUUGGUUUGAUUAUGUUCUUUACUUUUAGUAAGGAAAACACUUUGGCUCCUUGGGCUUGUUUUUUACAUGUUGCCUGUGUUUGAUUGCUUUCCUGUUCAGUACACUGACAAUUUAUCUAUCUCACAUAUUUUCAAUAAAAGUGACAGAUCUAUCAGCUGAUUAUGAUACCUUCUCAGCACCAUCAAGGGCAUUUGCUAUUAGUCAAUAUUGCAAAUUUGAAUGUCACAGAUCUCCACAUCUGAAUGUGAAUCAUGCAGGUAGAUCCACUGUUUGCAGUGACUGUUGACAUGAAUUAAUCUCUGCUUGGAUUUAUGUCUUUUCUUGGGUGAUAUUGAAAGAAAAGUGUAGAAUAUCACAAGCAUCUCCUUUUAAAGCCUUAUUGUUGUUGACUGUAAACUUUGCUAACUGGCCACACUACAACCUAUUCAACCAAUAUUGUGAAAUCAUUUUCAGUGUCUUUCAGGCUCGUUUGUACGGUUUAUUUUUAUUCAAUUCAAUGAUGCUUUGAAAUGACGGCAAGAAAAUGAAAACUUGCAUUCUCACAGUUGCUUAGGUGUUACACCCUUUGUUCUCUGUCUGUACUGAGCAGCAUUGCAAUGUUUUUGAAAGCCAUUUAAAGUACAUGGCAUUUAGGGCUGAAAACUGUACAUUGUAGACGUUUCUUAUGUCAUUGUCGGAGUAGUUGGGUGUUAUUCUACUAUACAUGCUUUUUGUAUACAUGUGUCUUUAUUUUUAUUCUCUAUGCAGUCAGCACAAGUGUGGAAAUGUGUUUUUUGACCUUGAUAAAAGUCUUCAACAGAAUAAAAAGGCAUAAUUAUGCUGACCGCACAACGUAUUUAUAUAUAAAUAUGUUUAUGAUUGAUGCUAGCUUUGAAAAUAGUUCAUGUUUGUUUUCAUUAUUGAAAUUUGAAAAUUGACCACUUGUGAUACGUUUUGCAUUACAGUUUAAUAUAUUGUAAAUAAAUGAUGCCGUGAAGCUG